AUGAAUUUAGAUAAAUAAAGAAAUCUAUAUUGGAAUCAUUUUAUUGCAGGCUUAAUCGGUGGAUUUAUUAGUGUGACUGUGUGCCAUCCUUUAGAAGUAGCUAGAAGUAGAUUAAAUUUAUAGAAUGCUACUAAAUCUGUUAAUAAAUACAGCGGAUUUCUUAACACACUCUAUGUAAUAUUCAAAGAAGAAGGAUUCUCCGGUUAUUAUAAAGGUUACCGAGCAACUGCCAUUGCAAAUCCACUCUUUCAUUCUCUCUUCUUUCCUUUGUACAAAUGGAACAAGGAAAUAUUGGAAAUUAAAUAUAAAAUCUAUGGUUUUUAUAACCAUGCUGCAGCAACUGUCUUAACAGGGUUUUUAUGUGAUUUAAUAACCAAUCCACUUUGGGUAUAUUUUUAGUUUAAGUGUAAAUAGUUGAUUAGAACUAGAAUGUAAACCUAAUAUUUGCAUGAUCAUAAUAAUGCUAAAUAUAAAUCAGUAUUUGGAGGACUUCUUACAAUGUACAAGGAAGUAUAUUUUAAAUUGCUAAUUUUAGGAAGGAUUCUUUGCAUUAUAUAAGGAGUUUGGGUGCUACAGUUUUAGGGUUGUCUCACGUUGCUAAUUUAAUUUCCAAUUUUAUGA